AUGUCUGGACGUGGUAAAGGAGGCAAGGCUAAGUCAUCUGGCAAGGCCAAAACUCGCUCAUCAAGAGCUGGACUUCAAUUCCCAGUCGGCAGAAUUCAUCGUCUUCUCCGCAAAGGAAACUACGCCGAACGAGUGGGUGCAGGAGCUCCCGUCUAUCUGGCCGCAGUGCUCGAAUAUCUGGCCGCUGAGGUUCUGGAAUUGGCAGGCAACGCAGCCCGCGACAACAAGAAGACCCGAAUCAACCCGCGUCAUUUGCAGUUGGCCGUCCGUAACGAUGAAGAAUUGAACAAGCUCUUGGCUGGCGUGACAAUCGCUCAAGGAGGCAUUUAUUCAGAAGUGAACUUAUACCGUGUUGUACUUCUCAUAUCACUUACCUUACAUACAGCAAAAAUCGUGAUGUCUGGCCGUGGUAAAGGUGGUAAAGGUCUCGGAAAAGGUGGCGCAAAGCGUCAUCGCAAAGUGUUGCGUGAUAACAUCCAGGGUAUCACAAAGCCCGCAAUUCGUCGUCUCGCACGUCGUGGUGGUGUCAAACGUAUCUCUGGACUCAUCUACGAGGAAACCCGUGGUGUACUCAAAGUAUUCCUGGAAAACGUGAUCCGCGAUGCAGUCACCUACUGUGAACACGCCAAGCGAAAGACCGUCACAGCCAUGGAUGUGGUGUACGCCCUGAAACGACAAGGCAGAACCCUCUACGGUUUCGGAGCAUCGCAAAAAGGGCGCCAAUUUAGUGGGCGGUGCUUCGGCGAGAUUGCCUAUAAAAAGGCAUCGCAAGCCGUUGCCACUCAUCGUUCAAUUUCAUUUGACGCACUCGUUCUCGCUGAAAUAAUGGCUCGUACCAAGCAAACUGCUCGCAAAUCCACUGGUGGAAAGGCUCCUCGUAAGCAACUGGCCACGAAGGCAGCCCGCAAGUCGGCACCGGCGACUGGUGGUGUGAAAAAACCACACAGAUAUCGUCCAGGAACCGUGGCACUCCGUGAGAUCCGUCGUUACCAGAAAUCAACGGAGCUUCUCAUCCGCAAACUGCCCUUCCAACGACUAGUUCGUGAGAUCGCUCAGGACUUCAAGACCGACCUUCGUUUCCAGUCAUCAGCCGUUCUUGCACUCCAAGAAGCCAGUGAGGCAUACCUCGUUGGAUUGUUCGAAGACACCAAUCUUUGCGCCAUCCACGCCAAGAGAGUAACCAUCAUGCCAAAAGACAUCCAACUCGCACGCCGCAUUCGUGGUGAACGAGCAUAA